AUGGGAUCAGAAAAUAACACACAACUUUCAGAAUUCCUCCUCCUGGGAUUCUCAGAGGACCCAGCACUGCAGCCCCUCAUAUUCGGGCUCUUCCUCUCCAUGUACCUGGUCACUGUGGCUGGGAACCUGCUCAUCGUCCUGGCCAUCCUCUCAGACACCCACCUCCACACGCCCAUGUACUUCUUCCUCUCCAACCUGUCCUUGGUGGAUGUCUGCUUCACCUCUACCACCGUCCCCAAGAUGCUGGUGAACAUCCAGACGCAGAGCAAAGCCAUCAGCUAUGCAGGCUGCAUCACCCAGAUGUACUUUUUAUUGCUUUUUGCAGGACUAGAUGACCUUCUCCUGGCCGUGAUGGCCUAUGACAGGUUUGUGGCCAUCUGUCACCCCUUGCACUAUACGGUCAUCAUGAACCCCUGGCUCUGUGUGCAGCUGGUUCUGGUGUCUGGUAUCAUCAGUGCUUUGCAUUCCUUGCUACAAAGUUUAAUGGUGCUGCGGCUGUCCUUCUGCACACACCUGGAAAUCCCCCACUUCUUCUGUGAACUGAACCAGGUGGUCCACAGCGCCUGUUCCAACACCUUUCUUAAUGAUGUGGUCAUCUAUGUUGCAGCUGUCCUGCUGGCUAUUGGUCCCCUGGCUGGGAUCCUGUACUCCUACUCCAAGAUUGUCUCCUCCAUCUGUGCAAUCUCCUCAGCUCAGGGGAAGUAUAAGGCGUUCUCCACCUGUGCCUCUCACCUCUCCGUCGUCUCCUUAUUUUAUUGCACCUGCCUAGGUGUUUACCUUAGCUCUGCUGUUACCCACAAUCCACACUCAACCGCAGCAGCCUCAGUGGUGUACACCGUGGUCACCCCCAUGCUGAACCCCUUCAUCUACAGUCUCAGGAAUGACGACAUAAAGAGGGCCCUGAAAAGACUCUUUGAGUGGGACACUGCCCACGAGUCCAUGGUACUGGGACUGAAGAUGUUCCCAUGA